AUGACUGGAAGUGGAGACAUCAGCCUUCCAUUCCCAGCGGUGACAAUGGUGGGCAGGUCUGUAUCUAUAUCAGCUGCCCUGGACAAGCAUCCCGACUCUGUGAAAGUGGCAGGUCACCAUCUUAGCAGCCAGAGGCGCCCUCUGACUCAAUGGCGCCUCCCACUGUUGGAAAUAAUACAUGGGAGUGUGGAUGUGAACUUUGACCUUGUACUGUCAUUAGAUGAAAAUGUUACUUUGAGUGAAACCAAAGAAGAAUUUGCUAAUUCCUUAAACAGGAGUACAGAGUUUGACAUAGAUAUUACAAACACUAAUAUAGCAGAGAGGGACAGCUGCCAACCUGAGAUCAAUGAUUGUUCUGGUAAUGGGACUUGUAUAAGACAGAACUCAACUUACACUUGUCAGUGCAAUGCUGGAUUCAAUGAUACAAGCCCUGAUACACCAGGAAGGAUCUGUGAAGACAUUGACGAGUGUCAGACGGGGAAUAACACAUGCUCUGCAUUAGCCACCUGUACAAACACUCCAGGGAAUUUCACGUGUAGCUGUUUAGCGGGAACGACGGACACCAAUCCGGCAAAUCCAGGGACACAGUGCAUAGACAUUGACGAGUGUCAGACGGGGAACAACACAUGCUCUGCAUUAGCCACCUGUACAAACACUCCAGGGAAUUUCACGUGUAGCUGUUUAGCGGGAACGACAGAUAACAACCCGGCAAAUCCAGGAACACAGUGUACAGAUAUUGACGAGUGUCAGACUGGGAACAACACAUGCUCUGAUUUAGCUGUCUGCAGGAACACUCCAGGGAAUUUCACUUGUAGCUGCUUCCAGGGAAUUAUCGAUAACAAUCCAGCAAACCUGGGAACACAGUGCAGAGAUCCCAAUAUCUGUUUCCUCAACAGUGGAAAUAUUUGUGCUUUGUCAGACUGCAUGGUGUCCAAAGUCAGCAACUGCAAUAACAAAAUUGCUUUCAGAAUGCAGGUGAUAUUGCGAUCGAGAGUAUUCUCCAAUGACCUGAAAAAUCCUGCGAGUGAAGCCUACAGGAACCUGUCUGACAGUUUUAUAAACACAGUUGUGCCAAGAACUCAGACCAAUCUCGAUGAUCGUAGUUUUAAUAUCUUCAUCGUUGGCUUCCAAAGAGGAAGUGUAGUGGUAAAUUUCCUGGCUGUGGUGAAUGACACCUCAACAGUUAACAGAAGCAGCCUGCUCACUGCUGUUGGCGCUGCAAUUAAAGCACUGGAUAGUAAUAGUUCAGUCACCAUAACGGAGAGGGACAGAUGCCAGUCAGGGCUGAACGACUGUUCAGGUAAUGGAACUUGUAUACAACAGAAUGCAACUUUCACUUGUCAGUGCAAUGCUGGGUUCAAUGACACAAGACCGAAUACACCAGGAAGGAUCUGUGAAGACAUUGACGAGUGUCAGACGGGGAGCAACACAUGCUCUGCAUUAGCCACCUGCACAAACACUCCAGGGAAUUUCAUGUGUAACUGUUUAGCGGGAACGAUAGAUACCAAUCCAGCAAACCCAGGAACACAGUGCACAGACAUUGACGAGUGUCAAACGGGGAACAACACAUGCUCUGCAUUAGCCACCUGUACAAACACUCCACGGAAUUUCACGUGUAGCUGUUUAGCGGGAACGACGGACACCAAUCCGGCAAAUCCAGGAACACAGUGCAAUGACAUUGACGAGUGUCAGACGGGGAACAACACAUGCUCUGCAUUAGCCACCUGUACAAACACUCCAGGGAAUUUCACGUGUAGCUGUUUAGUGGGAACGACAGAUAACAACCCGGUAAAUCCAGGAACACAGUGUACAGAUAUUGACGAGUGUCAGACUGGGAACAACACAUGCUCUGAUUUAGCUGUCUGCAGGAACACUCCAGGGAAUUUCACUUGUAGCUGCUUCCAGGGAAUUAUCGAUAACAAUCCAGCAAACCCGGGAACACAGUGCAGAGAUCCCAAUAUCUGUUUCCUCAACAGCGGAAGUAUUUGUACUUUGUCGGACUGCAUGGUGUCUACAGUCAGUAACUGCAAUAACAAAAUUGGAUUCAGAAUGCGGGUGAUAUUGCGAUCGAGAGUAUUCUCCAAUGACCUGAAAAAUCCUGCGAGUGAAGCCUACAGGAACCUGUUUGACAGUUUGAUAAACACAGUUGUGCCAAGAACUCAGACCAAUCUCGAUGAUCGUAGCUUUAACAUCUUCAUUGUUGGCUUCCAAAGAGGAAGUGUAGUGGUAAAUUUCCUGGCUGUGGUGAAUGACACCUCAACAGUAAACAGAAGCAGCCUGCUCACUGCUGUUGACACUGCAAUUAAAGCACUGGAUAGUAAUAGUUCAGUCACCAUAACGGGUUCAACACAACUUACAACUGAGGCUCCUAUCCAGACACAGACUGUCCCGACCGUGCAAUCGAAUCCUGGGACUGAAAAUCCUGGAUGGAGAGUGGCAGUGAUUGUUUUGGGAUCUGUUCUCGGUGUAGCUCUGCUCACAAUACUGGCAGUAGUGCUGGCGCUGAUGUACACAAAGAAAAAAUCCAGGAGAUAUAGCAUAGAAACAUCAGACAUUGUACGACAAAUCAACUAUUCAAAUCUAUAAAUGCAUCCAUAAACCUCAAUGAAGGAAUGUUGGCCAGUUUACUAAUUUUCCCAGGAUUUGGAUGCAACACAUGCAACUUAAUUUUCUGGAACAUCUGAACCUUACGCAGGAUAAGUGUUGCAAAAAUAUGAGCUUGCCUUUAUAUUAAUGUUAAAAAAAGAGUAUUUAAUCGAAUCUAAUGAUUGGUGGCAGAAUGUGUUUAACAAUAUAUACAUUAAUUAAUGAUGAGCAAUACCUUAUAGUCCUUAACAUGUCUUGUGCGAUUCUCAGUUCUCAGAUUUGUAGAUCAUUUAUCUCAUUGGGAUUUCUGAUCCUCAAGUGACAGAAACCAAUACAUACAUAUGUGUUCUGCUUGAAGCUGUACCAGACAGGUGCAUUGUCUGGUUUGGCACUGAACCGCACUAUUGUCAGCCAGUUCCCACAUUCAGCCUUGGGAGAAUCAUAGAACUUUAUGGCACAGCAAGAGGCCAUUCGGCCCAUUGUGUCUGCACUGGUAUGAGGUGAGCUUGCUGAUCUGAUUCAACAUGAUGACAGUGAUAGUACAAAUAUCCCCCGAGCCUUUGGACAGUGAGGAUGUGAUCAGGAUACUGCUUGACUGGUGUUACCAGUAAGUGAAGUAGCCUGGAAUCUGCAUUUAUGAAUGAAAAAUGGCCACUUAGUUGAGAUGUGGAAGGGCUUCCCCAUGCUCAGGAGGUAAGUGGAGAAAAAUACAAGGAACAGACGAUGUAGGAACACUCAAAUUGGGAGCACAAAUAGGCCAUUUGGCCCCUCAAGCCUGCUUUGCCUUUCAAUGAAAGCGCUGUUGAUCUGUUUAUGUUUUGAAUUCACCAUUCCUCUACCCCGAUACCCCUUGACUGCCUUGCCGUAAUAAAAAUCUGUCCACAUCCGCCCGGACACAAAACAAAAUUCAAAGGGUCCAUCUCUACCUCCCUCCGGGGAAAAGAGUUCCAAAGUCACACAAGCUUCUGAGAGAAAAACGUAGAAAGGAAACCUGCCAGCAAUCACAAAUUUAUUGUAACAGGGUUGUUUUGGGCAGAUUCUUGCUGAAUUAUUUUGUUGAAGAAUUAUUCUUUAUAUGCGGAUUGAGUCUUCUGAUGUUGAAAGAAAUAGUUUAUUUUCUU